UGUACCUAUGUACUAUAUGUAUAUUGGUUUCUGGUCACAGCAGAAAGCCUUAUAUAUACAGACCUGUUUAUUAUUAGAACACAUUUCACCAUUAUAAAUUUUUACUGGCUACACCAUGAAUACCCAGAUUUUAAAUAAUAUACAAGUGUGUCAGUUCAGCUGACCACUGUUAGUAUACAAUUGUAUUUCUGAAUGUCUGACCAUCAGUGGUCAGUGUAUGUCUGACUGGGAGUUUUGAAAUGUCCAGUUUGAGUUCACCUGACCUCACAUCUGAUAUCCCCUACAACCUGUGCAGUACAAAGAGCAGAAAAGGCAUUGACCGGUCAGCAUGUUUGACCUCAAGCAGCUGUCCUUAACCCAGGAAUUGAAAGGGGUGCCGUCGGUAUGGCUAGUGUCAGGACUAUUUGGACUUUUGGUGAUCUACGUUUCCGUCAUACCAUCACCGAUAGAGUCGAACUUUUAUAUUUAUCCUAAACCCCUUCCUGUACUGGAGGGUGCUCUUCAAAGAAACAACCUACUACAGAAGGCUAACAAACUGUUUGAGGGACAGCUGUUAGGCCCAGAGUCCAUAACUGCGGGCACAAAUGGAAUACUGUACACAGGAGCCCAGGAUGGGAGGAUUCUAGCCUUCAACAACACCCACCUCUGGACCGUAACACGAACAGGGCAGGAGGUCCCAGGAUGUGGAUCUUUUGAAAUGGAGCCAGUUUGUGGGCGACCUAAAGGGUUAAAGGUCAACAGAGACGGCGACCUCCUGGUUCUUGAUGCAUACUUUGGUCUUUUGAAAGUCAACAUCAGCACUGGUCAGAUUGAGACGCUACUGUCUAGUGACAUUGGUAUUGAGGGAGUCCCAUUCUCCUUUCUCAAUAGUCUUGACAUCUCCCGCUCCGGGCUUGUAUACUUCACAGACUCCACCACCAGGUGGGGCCGCCGUCAUUACAGAUACGAGGUAAUGGAGGUGAACGCCCUUGGAAGACUUAUAGAGUAUAAUCCUGAGACAAAGACAGCCCGACUACUGCUGGGAAAUCUCCACCUAGCCAAUGGAAUCGCAUUGUCACAGGACGAAACCUUCAUCCUCAUUGCUGAGAUGAGUGUUUGUCGCUUGAGAAGAUUGUACCUCAAAGGACCAAAGGCUGGACAGACAGACAUUUUUGCAGACAACUUACCGGGUUACCCUGACAACAUCAAAAUAAACAGUCAUGGGAAUUUCUAUGUUGGCCUGGGGGCUGUAAGGUACGAAGGAGUCAGUAAAAUUGGGCCCUUCCUAGACCUGGUCGGACCCUUUCCUGGAAUCAAAAACUUCAUAGCUAAGGUGACGCCGCUGUUCCUUUUCGAUCUUUUUGUCCCAAGACAUGCAAUCGUUCUGGAAUUCAGUCCUGAAGGCAAAGUCGUCACAAGUCUACAUGACCCCACUGGAGGGGUCACCUCAGCAGUGGGCGAAGCGUACGAACACCAAGGCUAUAUCUACCUCGCUCACUUCAAAAGUACAUUCAUAGGACAGAUAGAUAUCAGGGAUAUCUAGCAAAGUGCAUUAAAAUUGGACAGAUAUCAAAGAUAUCCAGUUAAGUGUAUUCAUAGGACAGAUAUAUAUACCAGGUAUCAGGGAUAUCUAUAAAAUCCAGCUACUGUAUUCUUAGGAUAGAUAUAUACCAGGUAUCAGGGAUAUCUAUAAGAUCCAGCUACGUGUAUUCUUAGGACAGAUAUUUACUGGGUAUCAGGGAUAUCUAGUCCUUAUACAGGACAGACACAUAUCAAAGAUAUCCAGUUAAGUGUAUUCAUAGGACAGAUAUAUAUACCAGGUAUCAGGGAUAUCUAUUUAAGUCCUUAUACAGGACAGACAGAUAUCAAAGAUAACCAGUUACCUGUGUUCUUAGGACAGAUAUAUACUAGGUAUCAGGGAUAUCUAUAAGAUCCAGUUACGUGUAUUCUUAGGACAGAUAUUUACUGGGUAUCAGGGAUAUCUAUAAGAUCCAGUUACGUGUAUUCUUAGGACAGAUAUAUACCAGGUAUCAGGAAUAUCUGUAAUAUCCAGUUACGUGUAUUCUUAGGACAGAUAUUUACUGGGUAUCAGGGAUAUCUAUUAGAUAUCCAGUUAAGUGUGUUGAUAGGACAGAAAUAUACCUGCUACAGGGAUAUCUAUUAAAGUCCAUUUACGAAGGAUAGACAGAUAUCAAAGAUAUCCCUUUAAGUGUGUUGAUAGGACAGAAAUAUACCAGGUAUCAGGGAUAUCUAUUAAAGUCCAUUUACGAAGGAUAGACAGAUAUCAAAAAUAUCCCUUUAAGUGUAUAUAUAUAGGACAGACAGGUAUCAGGGAUAUAUAUACAAAGUAGGUUAGUGUAUUCAUAGAAUAGACAGCGAAUAAAAGACAUUUUUAAAGGAAAACCAUAUAUCAACACUGAUUAAUAUCAAGGAUAUAUCCUGAAAAAUGACAGAGAUAUCUAUAAAAGUACAUUCACAAAGGACAGACACAUAUCAAAGAUAUCCAGUUAAGUGUAUUCAUAGGGUAGGCCGAUAUCGGGAUAUCAAGUUAAAUACAUUCAUAGGGUAGGCCGAUAUCGGGAUAUCAAGUAAAAUACAUUUAUAGAACAGACCGACAUCAGGGUUUAGCGUAACAAGGAUAUCCAGAAAAUUAUGUCUAUUAAGGAAAGAUAGAUACCAAGGGUAUCCUGUAGGGUGAAUGAAUAAGUCCUCAUGAAAUAUUAAUAACCCCUGUAAUUUAUCACAGAAUUUUAAUCUAGAAAAAAACCUAUAGUUAAAUUACUACUGCCUACUGUCAGAAAACAAUAUCAGUGAAAUAAUUAGUAUAUUACAGUAUAUUCUUAUAGCAUAAUGUAAAACAAUUAAGAAACCAGGUGCCAUUUCUAAUUUAGUACUUGGUGUUAACUGUACCUACUGUUCUAGAAAUUUUGUGACACACAGAGAGUUAUGUCCCCUUUUCUGUUAAGCUUCUAAUUUGGCUACUGCCUUCUCCAAUUUGUGUAUAAGCUAGUUGAUAUCACUCACUCUAUUAAUAUCAUUAACUUAGCUUCUUGUUGUAUUCAUACCUCAUGUUAUAUAAAAGCAGAGACCUGAUAUGUAUACUCUUUGAUAAAUACUUCUCUGAUAAAAGUAAUUGUUAAUUCUUUUACAUGAUUCUUGUCAACCACAAAGGAUGCACAUUAUUAGACUGUUAAAUAAACAUCAUUCUAUACAGAUGCUUUCUGCGGUAUAUUAGGACAUACUUUAUAUUUUAAUGAAUAUUAAUGUGAAAUUUUCUAGUUCUUCAACUUAAAAAAAAGGAUCUUAUGAUAGUUUACACUUGGUGUUAACUAUAUACUCUUAUUUGAAGAAUCUGCAAGGAGUUAUGUCCCUUAUUCUGUAACACUAGGGCUGUUGCCAAAUCGUUUUUAAUAAAGUUAUUUAAGAAGU